UUGCAAAACAAAAAGAAGCUGACAUUCAGAUUUCCUAAUGUGAUGGGAAUUGCAGCUCGCAACUUUUUCCUUUUUUAUCGGUGCUAGUUAGUAGCGAAAAGGUGCAUAAUUUCGUUUUUCCAAUCGCCAACCGCGAGCACCACUCUUCGCGCCAGAUCGCAUUUUAAUUCGUGACAAUUGUGGCGGCCAAGGAAUUUGCCGCAAAGGGAUCGUCCUCACUGGUCCCACCAGUAGUAGAAGGUCGGAGGAGGUGGAAAGUAACGCUACUGCAUGAUGUCGAUGCCUCACGGACAGAGCUAUGAUUAUCAUCGAACCACGUUCGAUGGGGAACGCAACGAACGCUGCGGAUGCUGCGUUCGUACGAUGAAAUGGUUUCCAGUGCUGUUUAUUGCCUCUGUGAUCGGUUGGUCAUACUACGCGUUUGUGAUACAACUUUCCUUUUUUACCGUCACCAACAUUGUUCAAAGGAUAUUGUUCCUGCUCUUCUACCAUGCCGUGCUGGUUAUGUUCCUGUGGUCGUACUACCAAACAGUAUUCACCGACAUCGGUCGGGUUCCCUCCAGGUUUCACGUUCCGCGAGCAGAGCUCGACCGAAUAGUACGUGCUACGAAUGAGGUGGAGCAGAAGGAAAUACUCGAAACGUUUGCGAAAGAACUUCCGGUGGUGACGCGAACGUUAAACGCAUCCGUGCGCUUCUGCGACAAAUGCCGGCUCAUCAAACCAGAUCGGGCACAUCACUGCAGCGUGUGCGGCGUUUGUGUCCUGAAGCUGGACCACCAUUGCCCCUGGGUUAACAAUUGUAUCAACUUCACCAACUACAAGUACUUCAUUCUAUUUCUGGGCUAUGCACUGUUAUACUGUGUGUAUGUAGCAUGCAGUACCAUCCCCUAUAUGGAGCUACUGUGGACGGGAAAAAUUGAUGGUAGAUUUCAUAUUUUGUUCCUGUUUUUCGUCUCCGUUAUGUUUGCAAUCAGCUUGGUUAGCCUGUUCGGCUAUCACGUUUACCUGGUGCUUCUGAACAGGACAACAUUAGAAUCAUUUCGUACGCCAAUUUUCCGAUUCGGCGGUCCAGAUAAGAAUGGGUUCAGCUUGGGAAAGCUGAAUAAUUUUCAAGAAGUUUUUGGAGAUGAUUGGCGUCUGUGGUUCGUUCCAGUGUAUACUAGCCUUGGGGAUGGGAUAGUAUUUCCCUGCCGCGAUGUAGCACCAUAUAGCAUCGAAUUCGCCGCAUGAAGUAAUGUCCCCGUAGCGCCCCUGACCGCUAUCACCAUUGGCAGUCAAUAUUGUAACGGCGCGGUUGCAAGUAGCACCGUUCGGGUCGAUCCAAAAGCUCAAACGAUCAUAUUAGAACACCUCGACGAAACAAAGGAGGGCGGUGGGCACCGUCGCCAGGGUCAGCAACAAACUGUGGUCAUGUCGCUCAGCACAAACGGCUUGCCCACUGUAGGAAACCAAAGAGUGCUUCGUGUCCACUAAACCUUCCUGGGUAGUAGUUAGAGCUAGUGACUGGUAGAGAGCAGGGGGAGAGUAGUUAUGAAGGAUAAAGUUCUUAAAUUUUGCUCACUGGUGGGUCGUACUCAGUAACAGCACUGAAUCGCAUUGUGAGUUGCCUUAAUCUUUGAAAAACAAACAUGCUGCUUAUGGGAUUCGCAAUCCAAUGGACUUCUGUUAUUCAAUCGAAUUAGUUAUUAAGAGCCUUAGUUGUCUUAUGUCAAACGUUUCUUCCUUGCUAUUUUGUACAAGUAACGAAUGACCCUAGAGGGGAAUUGGAAUAGAAGAUUUCGUAUGUUUCUAAACAUAAGGUACAAACGACAGAAUCAAUAUGGAUAAAUAUGUAAUGAACUCUAGAAACAGUAACUGUCUUGAAAUUCGCUAAGAACAAUGGAUUCCAUUCCUCUGUUUAAUGAUACUGUUAAGUUGUUCGUAAGCAAUGCAUCGACUUAAUUAAUAUCUUACAAAAGUAUUUGAUGAAAAUGGUAUUUAUAAAAAGAAUUGGAAAUAAAUAUGUUAAAUAUAUCCUGGGAGGAAUGGGAGAGGUACUUGAUAUACAUUUUGUUUUUUUUUUUACAUUUACGUUUUAAACCAAUACAAGAUGAAACUAUUUUUUGAUAAUUUGGAAUUUGAAAUUCAAACAAAUAGCAAUAAUGUGUUGUUGUACGGUGAUGAUUUUUCAGAACAGAACGAUAAAGAAGA